AAUCCAUAAACCCCAAACCGGACCUCCGCCCUCUGAAUGGCUCUUCAGAGUUCAGCUUCUGACGGCGACGGCAAGGCCGAUCGCUACACGGUCUUCAUCGAUACAAACCUCGACACUCACCUGGCUAUUAUCGCUUACGACGCCGACACUGUUUCUGAUCUCAAAAAGAGAAUUAUGUUGGAACACCCAUUGUGCUUUCCAAAGAUCGGACACAUACAGAUCCAUGCCAUAAAGGUAAAGCGCAAGGGCUACUUUUAUCACCUAUCAGAUUCCAUGAUGGUGAGAAGUGCCUUUAAUGGGUUCAACAGGAGCUGGUUUCUUAGUAUUGAUGCAUCUGCAGUAACAGAGAAUGAAAAACCCCAGAUUUCAGAUUCUCCUGAUUCUACUAACGAGUUAGCUUGUCAUGGCAUUGCAAAUAAUGCUUCAAUUGGUGCUAUUGAUAUUCCUCUCCGUUAUCCUUCUAAAAGGGCAUCUGACUUCAACUGUUUCAAAUUGCCACAAUUAGAGAACGGACACGGUGAAAAGGAAGUUCCUCUUGUUAGCCCACGUGUGUCAGAACAUAGUGGAAAAGGGGUUGUUGAUGAAUUGGAGACAGGUGUCAAACUCUCUGGCGCUGGUGACACUCUGCCAACUGGUUUGAUUCCCGCAUGUGAGGGAGAUGGAUUCAGCAAAGGAAAUAAAGAUGAGAACAAUUUAUAUGAUGAAGGAACCUUAAAACCUUUGCCAGGUGCAAAGAAAAAACGCAAGAGUAUUGAGGAAAAGGAAGACACAGUACAGGAACAUGCUUGUAAGGACAAUAAUGCUUCUGUUCUGGGACCUGGUAUAUCAACAGCUGAGCAGGAAGGUAAUUUAGUCGCUGAAAACCCUUCAGAGAAUGCGAGCAGAGGUGAACUAGGUGGGAAUUCAAAGAAUACAAGUUUUGUAGUACAGAUGUCAAAUGAUGCAGUUAAGGAAACUGAAGCUCCAAAGGAGCAUGCUGAAUGCAAGGAUAACAGUAAGGAAAACAUUGAUGGUGAGUAUGUCAAGCCCAUGGCAGAGCCUUCACGUGAAUCUACUGUAAGUAAAAAAUAUAAGAAAAGAAAGGGAUCCUUGACUCUUGAUUUAGAAGAUGAGAUGCAGAAGGUAGACGAUGCAUGUCAGCAGGCUGAUGUACACAGGCCUGAUGAAGAGGAAAAGAAAAUUGAAGAACCAAGUGAACAGGUUGAAACUAACAAUGAUAAAUCUGGGGGUAGGAUUGAAUUUCAGCAUGAUAAGGUAUCUAAAGAACCUUCACAUGCUGGAUCUCCUGCAAAGAAAAAGCGGAAGGGAAAAGAGAGGGGUGGUUUUCAGAGUGCUUUGAAGGAAAAGAGAUCUUUGGUUGAUGAUUCUAAUAAAGAGAGCCUGAAGCCAGAGCAUGCAUCUCAGCACUCUUUGGAGGAUUUACCAAAGACUAUAGAUAGCAUUGCUGGCCAAUCAACGGAGCAAUGUGGUGAUGCUGAGCCACCGAGAACCAGUGUAAUAACUUCAAAGAGGAAGAGGAAGAAGAACUCAUCAAAUAAUCAAACAGACGCAAGUACUUCCAGGAAUGAUGAUGCAGAGGAUUCCAGGAUAUAUGGUGAAGGUGUGCAGGAGGAAAUACUCAAAGACGGUCAAAUCUCUAGAGGUAACAGUGCCAGUAAAAAUGCUGGUGACAACUCGGAAAUCAUAACAAACACAGCCAAAGAAGUCACUAUGUCUAAAGUGACAAGAACAGGAAAUUCUAAGGAUCAUUGUUCCAUUGAUGUGAGAAUGCAUCCUUCUGAUUUGGAGGGGACAAAGGAACUAACUGAGGGUAACGGCCUCCACAUGCAUCAGAAGGUUGACCUUGGCCAUUGUCAUUUAAGUGAUGAUAGUCAGACUGUGCCGGCUGAAGAAGGAAGAAAACCAUCUCCAUUAGAUGAUCCUAAGCAUUUGUUGUCUGAAAAUUGCAUGACAACCAACCAUAAUAAAGCGCAUGCUAACAUCAUAGGGUUAACCGAGACUUCAGAGGUUCCAAAGGAAAAUGAAACUACUGAAUGUGGAAAAUCAGAGAGGAAGAGAAGGAAGAAAAGAAAUGCCAAGGAUGCAGAUGGAGGAUCUUUACUUACAGAAGACUUUAGUCAUGUAGAUGCUUCUAAGAAUGGUACUGUUUUAAUGGAAUUGGAUCCUACCUCUGGAAAGACAACGAAAGAGGAAAAUCUUUUAAAUCAAACAGCAGGGAAAGAGGUACAUCCAGAAGAAAUGAACGGGACUUCAGAUAUUGAUAAGGAAGUAGAUGACAUUAACGUUGGCUCCAUGAAAAACAUCAGCAAAACUGAAGCUUAUGGUGAAAAUCUGAGUGAGAAAAGGAGCAAGAAAUCAAAGAAGAAACAAGCUUCUACCACAAAAGGUGUGCCAGAAAUGCCAACAAAGGAUCAAGUUCUUGAAGAGUCAUCACCCGCUUCUGACAGCAGACUAACUAUGGAACUGACAUCUAAAAAGAAAAAGAAAAGCAAGUCCACUAAUAAAUCAAGUGGACCAAUUUUGGAACAUGAGAGAGAUGUUCAAGCUGAACCUCCCCAUACUUCAUCAAAUGCGCCCAAAGGAAAUUACAAAUCCCAUUCUGGAGCUAAUGAAACUGCUAUAAAUUCAGUGUCUUAUUUUGAGCAUGAAGAUGAUAACCACUUGAAAACUCCCACCAAAAAGGACGAGAUUAAGGGGGAACAACAUAUUGCAUCUGGGCGAGAGGAGCAUAAAGAUGUAUCAGAUGAUAUUCUUGUUAACAAGAAUGGUGCAGAUAGAACAGAUAUGGAGCCAAUGACUGGAAAGGGCAGAAAAAUGUGCGAGGUAAUGAAAAGAAAUACUCGUAGUGGGAAAUUGAGCUCUGCAAAGAAAUUAUUGUCGAAGGUGGGCAAUGGGCUUGGGAUUGAUCCUGAUGAGAAGGAUCCAAAUGUGUGCAGAAUUGGACAAGAAGCUUCCUUGCCUAGUCAGUCUAAUAGUGUCACGUCCACCAUUGAAGAAGAUAAAAGGCCUCAAUUUAAGAAAUCUUCUGGGAAAAGUAUGAAUUUGGAGAAAAAUAGUGAAGCUUUUCCUGUAUCAAAUUGUAAAACCAAAGCCGUAAAGAAAAUGGUUCAAAAUAAAGCUCGAAAAGCUUCUGGGAAUAAUCCUGAGGGAGUGGUGAGUCAAAAAGAGCAAAAGAAGAAGUUGUUGUCGGGUACAAUUUUCAAGGAUGAUAGUAGUGGAACCUCUGAAGACAGAGAUGAACAAGCUCAUGACUCUAGUUCCAGCACUAGAAGUCCAUCAGAUGUUUCACUCCCGCCUGAUUACUCAGGUGAUGAUAGUGAUGCAGGUUCACAUGGCAGGACAGGACCGGAAACUGGUGGAGAAAGUAGCAUGAAAUCACGCUUGUCAGUCAAAAAAGGAGUGCCCCUAGAUAGCAUUCUUAGAAGCUCAAGCAGGUAUAAGAUGGCUAAACAGACGGCCUCUCAGUUUGAAGAAAGUGAAAGUCAACCUGUUGAUUUUGUUCCAGACAGCCAGGCAAACACAUAAAUGUUGAGAUUCCUGUCGUUCUUCGUUUGCUGCUACCGGUGUUUUCUCUGUAUUUUCAUUGCAGCUACAAGAUUUGGCUCAUAUGUUGGAUCAUGUAAGAAAAGCCGCCAAAAACUCUUUCUUAUGCUGGAGAGAAUUUCCUCUUGUCUCGAUUCAGCAUAGAAAAUUUUGUUUUGUUUAAACUCUUCAGACACCAUCAUGGGUCGAUUUUGUGUCUCAUUGUUGUGCCAAUGGGAACAGAUAUUUUGGUUUAAAUGUACUGAAUAUAGGUAGAAGGGGAUGUGGUUUAGGCUUGGAAGAACUGUUGAAUGACAAUGCGAAAAUGACAAUAUUUCAAGAUUCUGUUAACCCG